CCUUUGCCCUUUCUUUUUUUCUCUCUUUUUAUUUUUCAUUUUUCACACACCUAUAAAAUGCAAAAUCAAUAUAAUCACAGCUCUAUUCCCAAUAAUACACAAGAAGUCCCAAUUACAGCACACAUAUUCGAAGGCCAUUUAUACCUAAGAGAAAAUGAUAAAUGGAUAUGGAGGUUAUUUCGGUUCGAUGGAUCUUCUUUAACAUGCUUAUCAUCUAAAAAGAAUAAAUUGCCACCACACACAUUAUUAGAUCCACCUCUAGUUAUUGAUAAUAGACCCAUGAGUUUCUUGACAAGCUCUGCUACCACCAAUUCACUCACAUCGCCUUUACUUGCAACCACUAAAAAUAGAAGCGUCAGCCUUUCAAUAAAUGAUACACCAGCCAUCGCCAGCUAUUACCAAUUGCCUAAAUGGACCAUUGACAUGGUUCAGAUCUCCACCAUAUCAAUAUUAAAACCCAAAGACAAUAAUAGAAAAACAUUUUCAUUCACAGCACCAAGUCGACCCAAAUCAUUUUCGAUAAGAACUUAUGAUGGUGGCUGUUAUAUCAUGAAGGCUCAUAAACAAGAUGAUCUUGAAAGGUGGAUCUUCGUCUUGGCAAAGAUGUGGAAGGUAUCUCAGGCUGCUCGACAAUUAUACCAGCCUGUCUCUCCCACUAGAUCAUAUUCACUAAAUCAACAACAACAACAACAACAACAACAAUAUCACAAUGCUACACCAACGUUGUCGGGGCUCAAUAAAGAAGAUCAGCUGCUCAACCAACAACAAUUAAAUAAUAUGCCUACCGCUACUUCUUUAUCGAAUGAGAAAGUCUUGUGGAUCGAAGAAUGGAUCAAGUCUCUCGCUGAAUUAGCUUCCAAUGAUUCAGUGGAUUAUCAGUCUGCCUAUGAAGUAUUUGUCGAUGACGAUGCCAUUCAAUCCGUACACAGCAAUAACUUCAAUAUGAAUUUUUUCCAGGAUGUGAAUACUGUCUGUACAGAAGAAACAUCUAAAAAAUAUAACCACCAAUCAUUAAAAUAUCAUACAUCCACACGAAAGCAUCAAGUUCAGUUAGUAAGAAAUCACACGGCUGAAGAAUUAACAACCCAUACUCCCCCCCUCAUUUACAAUUCAUUUUCUUCCCCACUGGAAAACCUGAAGAAUAUCAAACAUCAUCAACAACAGCGAGAUCAAAUAGCUGCCACCGAUGAAAAUGUGUGUUUAGCAGACGUCCAAAAGUUCUUGAAAAAGAUGGAUAUCAAUGAGGAUACAAAGAGACCGUUGUGUAAUAAUACGAAUUGGUACCGAAAUUCAUGGGCUCCUGACGUAUCUACUUUUACAUGAUUUUUUUUUCAUCAUCAUCA